AUGGAAUCCCAGAGUGCCACAACCAUCGGAGGACAAUAUGAGGUGGUGGGAAUCCUAGGUGAAGGAGCAUUUGGUAAAGUUGUAAUGGCCAAAGACCAAAAAUCAGGUAGAGUCACUACAAAUACAAGUGCCUAAAGAUUAAAAAGCGUACAUUUUGCUAAUUUGAUACUGCUUAAAAGUUUUGUUUGAAUUGUAUGCACCCACCCUUUCCCCACCCUAUCCCCAAUGUAUGCAAAUACUUUAACUUGGGUUUAUUAUUUAACCCUUAACCUAUAUUUAGUAAGGUUCUCCAAGUUUUUAGUUGUGAUAUUUUAGCUGGUAAUGCUUUAACAAAUAAUGGUAUAGCAGUUGGGAGCUAAAUAAUGUUAAUAAUUUGAAAUAUAUAGCACAAUGUAUAAUUCAAGAUUUUAAGAUGUGGAUUUGGCUUCUAUUGACCAAGUUUAUUUUAAAUAAUCCUUUUUUAAAAAAAUCUUUUUCCUUUGAACAGGAGAAGACGUUGCACUCAAAAUGAUAAGAAAGGAUCGAACCUCAUUUCCUGCAUACCUCCAUGAACUGCAGGUGUCUAUCUUGGUGUCCGGUCAUGAAAACGUGAUCCACACACAUCCAGUCUACGUGCCUGAUCCAGACCACUUUGUCAUCAGCCAGGAGUUAGCUACAAGUGGAACCUUGCAUUCUAUCAUUGAUUCUCAGGUAAGCAUCCCAUUUUAUGCAAUAUGCACUUUAUGAAUACAUCCAGUACAAUGAUAUAUUGAAAUUGUUUAAUGUAAGAGUUGAAGUCACACUAAACACAUACAAAAUAUACAAUUUAAGUUAAAUUGUCAGCAAAAAUCUUUUUAUACUUGUAUAUAAAUUGUAAGCUACAAGUAAACAGUUUUAAUAGGGUAGUGUGAAAAUAAUUGUGUUGUAGAUAGAACUGUAAAUACCAUUUUUCAUCUGGAAUGAAAACCUUUAUUCCAAGGCUUAUAAGAUUUUAUAUAUUUAAGGUUAUGUUAACAGUUUGUUUUGUUGUAUGCAAUAAAUACAAAAAAAAAAAAUAUCAAAAAAAGUUUGCUUUGGGGAUUCUCAAUCCCUGUACAAGUCAUUAACAUAUCCUGUCAAACUAUAUUUGAGUCUGUUAUUAAAGGUUUCCCCCCCCCCCCUUUUCUUUUUCACUUUUAGGUUGGGAUUCCAGAAGAUGUGGUGAAGCGCUGUGCAGUGCAGCUGGCAACAGCUCUCAAUUACAUGCACAGCAGGGGGAUAGUACAUGGUGACCUGAAACCGGACAACGUGCUGCUUAUGGACAAAGACUGCCAUCACAUUAAGCUGGGUGACUUUGGUCAUUCCCAGAGUAUUGGCAGUCUUGUCGGCUGUAUGUCACACAUUAUUCCAUAUAUGUCCCCAGAAAUAUGUAGCCUGAAAUCAAAUGAGUGUUUGAUUCUGACCCCGAGUGUAGAUGUCUGGGCUUUUGGCAUUCUCCUUUAUGUGGCGCUUACAGGGGGCUACUCAUGGGAAAAAGCAAUGGGGGACGACCAUGAUUUCAGUGUGUUCGUUGACUGGCAAAGCAAAGGAGACUACUCCUCUCCUCCUCCUGGCUGGGAAAUGUUCACAGUGGAAGCAAUGGACAUGUUCUUCACAUUGCUGUUCCAGAACCCCUCCUUGAGGCCUUCCAAUGAUCAUGUGCUGAAAUAUCUCAAUUAUCCAUGGCGGUCAAUUGAUGUUUCAAGCGACAGUGAGGAGCCAUCGAUCGAAAUACAGGAGGUGACCAUUGAGGAGAGCCAAGAGUAUGAAAUCAUUAUCAUACCGGGAAAUGAUGAGGUGGUUAUUAUAGAAAAUGGGGACACGGAAUGUGUGUUUGUUGCAGGAGCAGCAGUAGAGUCCGGUGACAUCAUCUAUGUACUAUGUGACAAUACGUGA